AUGAACUUUGCUGCCUCUGCAACGAGCACUACUAUUGCUGGCACUGCAGGUACCUCUGAUGCGAACGAAUUGAGUGAAUUUGAGUUGGAGUGGGCGUGGGAAAUCAAGGAAGCGAUCGACCGAGACGAGGAGUUGAAUCCCAUUUCCGACUAUGAAGUGGCCCAAUUGGCUAUUGUGACGUUGGGCCAACAGGAAGACCUUUACAGUAUUCGAGAACGAGUGUUGGCCUUACAGUGUCUACGACAAGAACACAAGUUGACGGAGACACCUCAAGAAGGCGUCGAAUUGAUGCGACAAUUGACCUGUCAACAACAACCCGGUCACAUUCUGGCGUUUGAUCUGGCUCAGAAUCAGUCUCACUAUAUUGGCGUCUUUGACUUUGCCCGAAACAAGCCUUCUGCAGUACAGACCGACAAAGACUGGCGGGUCUACUUGGGCGGAUACUACUAUCUCUUGAAUGCGGCCAAUUCCAACUUGACUACCAUUCGAAACGGAUUCACGUCUAUUGUGGAAUGCGACGGAAUGGGAUAUCACUCCUUCAGUCACUCCAUGCAACAACGAUGGGCCACGGAACUGGGAAUGCACUUUCCGAUUGAAACCAAAGAAUCCAAAUGGUUCCAUACUCCCACGGCCGCCAAUAUCAUGUGUUCCUUUGUCAAGCCGUGGAUGAGCUCUCGCAAGGCACGAUGGGAUCGCAUACAGUUGGGAUGCCAGUUGGACUCGUGGGAAGGACGCAUCGAUUCACUCAUCAAUUUACCGACGCCACAGGUUGCACAACAAAAGCUACUACACAAUCUACACCUGGCACUCAUGGAACGAUAUCACAAUCAGGCCACCUUUCGCUUGCCCGACAAACCCAUCGAAGAAUACGACCACGAGAAUGGAAACAGCAGUUCCAUGAUGAUGGAUGUGGAGCAAAUAAUAGAGGACUAG